AUGAGCUCGCCUGCUGCUCGGCCAAGGCGGCCAUCAACACCGUCUUUCUUGAUUUUGACGGAGGACUCGACGCCACUGCCGACACGCAGCGGCCAUCUUGCCUCGCUUCUUCGCUCCCGCUCUGCCACCAGUCUCAACAAUUUGCAUAGGCCCAAGUCGCAGCAGGAUGAGGAAGCCGGUCCCCGUCCUGGAUGGAAUCGUGACGAUGAGGAGGACCUUGGGCGGCUGCUCAUGGACGAGCACCGCCUCAGCCAGAUUCUCCAUGGCCCGCAGCAGAGAAGCAUGAGCCUCAUUGGCAAAAGCAAUCCCAGAUACCGAUGGGACCGAUACUGGAAAAGCGACCAAGAGCUAGCUGCCAUGUCGAAGCCAAUCCGCAAAUACUAUGAGAGGACAAAUGAUCUUAUCCAGCAGUACCUCUACAUUGACCGUCUGCUGGACUCGACCAUUCCACAUGAGCUGCUCAACGAGUACUCGGCCGAGCUCCAUGCUUCAGCCUACCGCUCUGUCGACGUCCCAGACACAAUCCUGGAAGAUGAGCCAUCAACAUCAGCAUCACAAUCACCACCCAUCGCCAGUUCUCCACCGGCCAACGGCUCCUAUGGCACGACGAUGCCCAUUACAUCCAACGUGAACCCAACGCCUCUCCAGAAGCGCACGCCAAAGGACAUCUUCCGCUCCUCCGAGUCACUCCCCCUCCUCAUGCACGCCGACGAUGGCGAGGAUGACCACGGCCCCGUAACACCCACCAGGACAGCCACCUCCACCCCUGGACCAAAACCCAAUCUCCCGUGGCUUGAGGAUGCCGACCUUGACAGCGAGAGCCCCAUUGUCACCCUCGCCAUCUGGAUCAACUUCAUCGCCAACGCCAUUCUGCUUGCCGCCAAGCUCGUCGUCGUCAUAUGGACGCCCUCCAUGUCUGUCCUAGCCAGUCUCGUCGACGCCGUUCUCGACUUCCUGAGUACAGCCAUUGUCUGGUUGACCACGCGGCUCAUCCUCGCCAGCCAGUCGGACCAGUUCACGUAUCCCGUCGGCCGGCGACGCUUGGAGCCAGUGGGCGUCUUGGUUUUUUCGGUCAUCAUGAUCACCAGUUUCUGCCAGGUCCUGCUCGAGUGCAUCCAGCGGCUCGCGGGACCAGAGCACAAGGUGCUACAGCUCGGCCCGGCGGCUAUUGGUAUUAUGGCCGGCACCAUCCUCAUCAAAGGCGCCGUGUGGCUUUGGUGUCGUCUUGUAAAGAAUUCCAGCGUGCGUGCAUUAGCCGAAGACUGCAAAACUGACAUGGUAUUCAACUUUGGCUCUAUACUUUUUCCUAUCAUUGGAUUCUACGGACACAUAUGGUGGCUAGACGCAACAGGUGGUCUCCUUCUCUCUCUGUUUGUCAUCCUUCAGUGGUCCAAGACAUCAGCCCAUCACGUCCGCAACCUGACUGGGUUCUCCGCCCAGCCCGACGAGCGCAACCUGCUGCUCUACCUCACUAUGCGCUUCGCCACGGCGAUUCGCCGCAUCCAGAACUUGCGCGCGUACCAUGCCGGCGACAAGCUCUUUGUCGAGGUGGACAUUGUGCUGGACGCGAGCAUGCCCCUCAAGGACAGCCACGACCUCAGCGAGGUGUUGACGUACUUCCUUGAGGGGGUCCCGAUUGUGGACAGAGCGUUUGUGCAUGUAGACUAUACAAGUUACAAUGCGCCGACACACAUGCUCAAGCAGUCGUCGUCUUCGUGA